UCUAUAUUCAGGUGAAUUAGUUUUGAUGUUAUAGAUUUGUUCCUUUGCUAAAUCUGUUAUUCAUAAGAGCCUUUGGAAGGCACAGAUGUUGCAAAAAGUCUCAAGAACUUCUGGGUUUAAUGAUUCUUGGUUCUUCUUUGAGGGACUAAGAUCUCAUCUUAAGUCUUCUUGUAGAUAAUCAUCCCCACCAAACUCCUCCAAGGGAGCUGACUCGGCCGUAAGUUGUUAGGACAUAGGAUUAACCCUAACCAAAAAUGAGGUAUUCUAGUUCGAAGGCCAUGUAAUUUUCUGGUGCAUGUGGGACACAGGCUCACGUGUCCGAGGUUUAUCAUGUGGUCUUGUAUUGGAUGAGUUUCUUGUCCCACCACAUCACUAUUUUAGGGACAAAAGCUCAAAAACAGAGUCCAGCUUCAGUAAAGUAGAUAGUCUUUAGUGUUCUGGUUUGAGCUUCUUUAGUGAAUGUUGUUGGAUUCGUCGUGUUAAAUACUAGUGCACCUCCGGUUGGAGGACCCCUGGAUCCGAGUUGGUGUGUGUACGUGUCUGGUUUUGUGUUGUUAGACCUAAUCUUAUUUAAUCUUUCAAUUUAAUAUAGAAAACCCCUCUUUGAUUAGAAAGUAAUUAAUAUUAUAUUAAAAAAUUAUGGAGGGACACUAAUUUACGAAAAAGGACAAAAUUGAACCAACUAUUCCUUGUCCUCUUCUCCAUUUUCACAACAGGGAAGUCCAAGUCAACACGAGGCGGCCACAGCCAGUCUCGACCAGUCAACAACCACUCACCAUGACCACCACCACCACCACUUCCUUUUACCCCUCUCGCCAUCUCCAUCUCCAUCUCCAUCUCCAUCUCCUUCUCAACUAUGUUCCCACUCAUCCUCUUCUUCGCCUUCUUUGCUCUCCAGACGACGUCGUUCGCCACUUCUUCUGAUUCCAUCUUCACGAAUUGCGCCUACCAGACCUUCUCCUGCGGGUCUCUCCAUGACGUCUCCUACCCAUUCACGGGCGGAGACCGUCCUGAAUACUGUGGCCAGCCGGAGUUCCUCCUCAAAUGUGUGAACGUCUCUGUUCCGGAGUUGACCAUCGACUCGCUCAGUUAUCGUGUACUCCAACUCGACCAGACCGGACGUACAAUCAGUCUAGCUCGGUCGGACAUAUACGACACGGGGUGCACAACCCAAUUCAACGAUACAACUCUUGAUCAGAGUUACUUUGAUGCUUCAUCAGGCAAUGAGAUUCUCACCCUUUUUUACGGUUGCCUGCCGUCGAUUAAUUCCCCGCUGAAUAACUCCUUUUCAUGUGAAUUGAAUGGGGGAGAGAGCGAGGAUGGGUAUUUUCUGUUUGGUCCGAUCCCUAAUGAUCAAGAUUGGAGCUUUUUUCCUUGUAGAGGAAGGAUUAGUUUGCCAAUUUUUCGUAGUUCGGUAGAGAAGCUCGUGUUUAAUAAAUCAAGGCUAUGGGAGGUAUUGAGGGAUGGAUUCAAUGCGAGUUAUAGGAAUCCUUAUGAGGAUGAUUGUGAAAAAUGUCGCGAAAGUCAUGGUAGGUGCGGGUUUGAUCAAGAAUCGGUCAAACCCAUCUGCAUAUGCGGUGAUCGAUUAUGUCCAGGCGGCAAUUCUGGGGGCAUGUCUGUUGGAUUAGGUGUUGGCAUAGGAGGUGCUGGUAUCAUAUUUAUUCUUCUGGGAUGCUGGUUAUUCCUCAUAAUACGAAGGAGAAAAAGAAAGGCCGCUCUAUUUGAAAGCAAAGUCAUCUCUGGGCCUCCUUCAAGCAAAUCUCUUCCUACUCCUACAACCAAUUUCUCUCAAAGCAUCCCUUCUUACCCUUCUUCGAAGUCUGAUCUUGAAAAGGGUAGUACCUACUUUGGAGUUCAGGUCUUCAGCUAUACUGAACUUGAAAAGGCCACAGACAAUUUUGAUGCUUCCAAAGAACUUGGAGAUGGAGGUUUUGGCAUUGUUUACUAUGGUGUACUCAGUGAUGGUCGUGUAGUUGCUGUAAAACGUCUAUAUGAGAGUAGUGUCAAACGUGUUGAGCAAUUUAUGAAUGAGGUAGAGAUUCUAGCUCGUUUACGGCACAAAAAUCUUGUGACCUUGUUUGGAUGCACGUCAAAACAUAGCCGAGAUCUUAUCCUUGUCUAUGAAUACAUUCCCAAUGGAACAGUGGCUGAUCAUCUUCUUGGAAAACAAACAAAUUCCGGCAAGCUCACUUGGCCAGUUCGGUUAAGCAUUGCGUUAGAGACAGCUGAAGCACUCGCUUUCCUUCAUGCAUUUGAUGUUAUACACCGUGAUGUCAAAACUAACAACAUUCUGCUCGACAACAAUUUCCAUGUCAAAGUGGCUGAUUUUGGUCUGUCACGAUUGUUUCCCACUAAUGUCACCCACGUGUCGACAGCUCCACAAGGGACUCCUGGAUAUGUGGAUCCAGAGUACUAUCAAUGCUACCAUCUGACUGACAAGAGUGAUGUUUAUAGCUUUGGGGUGGUCCUGAUUGAGCUUAUAUCAUCUUUACCAGCUGUGGACACGAACAGGCAUCGUCAUGAUAUUAAUUUGGCAAACAUGGCAAUCAACAAAAUUCAAAAUCAUGCAUUGCAUGAGUUGGUUGAUCCAUGCCUUGGCUUUGAAAAGGAUUCUGUGAUUAGGAGAAUGAUCACCUCAGUGGUGGAAUUAGCUUUUCGGUGUUUACAGCAGGAGAGGGAUAUGAGGCCUUCAAUGGAAGAAGUUCGAGAGAUUUUGAGAGGAAUUCAGAAUGAGAAUUUCGGAGGACAGAAAGCAGAGGUGGUGGAUAUUGGAGGGGAUGACGUUGGUCUCUUAAAGAAUAGCACUCCUCCUCUUUCACCGGACUCUGUUGUGACUGAUAAAUGGGUUAGCAGCUCAACCACAACUAGUUCCUUCUAGCAGUUGGUAGUUCCAUGUUUUUUUUCCACAUAUCUUCGACGUUCUUGUUCUGUUUUCAUCAUCAUGUUUGUUACGUCUGUGAAAUGAGAUUAAAUAAAAGGGACAUCAGCAUCUUAUAUGCCUCUUGAGCAAUGUAUAUAUAUUUAUAUUAAACGGAGAUGCCAUUUCCAUA